AUGAUUUACGGGGCGCAUUUCCGUGGUGGCAUUAUUUCAUGGCGUCCCUUAAACACUACACCAUCGGGUAGCUAUGCCGAAAUUCUUAUACAUCAAAGGUAUUUUUGGAAUCGACAAUGGGGUAGUUUUACUCCACCUUAUUGUUCUGAAUCAACUGUUGCUGCUCAAACAUUGAUUCCUGUCAAUUCAUACAUGGUAUGUUUACAAAAUUGUUCAAGUUCUAACUAUGCUUCGCUUUCAACUGAGAUGACAAGUACAGAUUGCGAUGCAAACUCGCUAAUUGAAUCAUGGGCCGGUGAACGCUACGAUACUUUGGUGUUGCCUUUGACAACGUCAAUUACGAUUGGCUUUGUCUCGAGUGCAUGGUUUAACUCACUCUAUAUUGGCGGCGGUGGAGAUUGGUCAAUUGUUAAUCGAUUAAAUUUAGGUUUGAGACCCGAUGGCUACAUUAAUACAAGUCCUGUUACAAAUACAUUACCAGUAGUUUUUGUUCCUGUGAAUACAUAUACAGUGCACGUUGUGCAAAUGGCAGAUAACGAUGCUACCGACAUAUUGGAAUGUCGUUGGUCCAAUUCAGCAUCUGCUACGAACUAUAACCGUAACGAUGAAUGUGGCGGCGUCUGCAGUGGGCUGCCAUCUUCAACUGUGCUCUUUCAAUCUAAUUGUACAUUAGUUUUUACCUUACCAACAACUGAUCUUUAUUACGCUUGUGCACUUCAGAUUGAAGAUUACUAUGAUUCUUCUUCCACAUCUCCAUUGAGUUCGGUUCCACUACAAUUCUUGUUCUAUGCAUACACGCCUUCAUCAAGCGCUUGUGCCACUCGUCCAGCAAUCAUUGGUGAACGUCCAAAUAGAGCAUGCAUUGGCGUUCCAAUAGGUGUUCAGUUGACUGAAACUGUAAUUGCACAGACAUACUGUACUGGUGAAAGUAUUGUUGACUUUGUCACUAGCUCACCUAUUGGAAUGACACAUAGUACGAUUGCUAAUCCGAGUACUGAUCUAUGGACAAUGACAUUGACUUGGACACCUAAUGCAACACAAUCUGGUCCUCAAGGCUUCUGUGCUGGUGCAAUUGACAAUCAUAAUCUGCAGUCAGACCCAUGGUGUAUCACAUAUCUAGUAGGCUAUACAUCACCGAAUAUCAUUCGUCCUACGGUUGUACAAGGAUCAGCAAGUCCAGUUGGUACUGUCUUUGCAAACCAAUCGAUAUUUUCAAUAAUGGCUACAAGUACCGUUGGUCGUCCAAGUCGUAAUGGAACAAACGUCUGUUUUAAUAAUGCAGCUACAAAUACCUCAGUCAUAUGUUAUGACGCUGGAUAUGCUACGAAUAUAUUUUAUAAUGAAUAUACAGUCACGAUAAUUACAAAUGUAACAUGGAGUUAUGGUCAUACGUAUUAUGUAACAAUGGAUAGUGGAUUUGCUAGUGGGAAUGUAUUCUGUCGUAAGUCUCUUGGUGUUGGUCUUUGGAAACGAACGAUUAAAUUUUUUAUCAUGGUCUUUGUAACUUGA